UAUAUUUUUGCUAUAUAUGUGGUGGUGUCUCUCUUUGACUCCUCUCUUCCUAUAUCACUCACUAUUUAUGUAUCCAUCUCUCCACACAUCUCUCUCCAUCUCACACACAUCUUCCUCUUAACACAUUAAUAUAUAUAUAUAUAUAUAUAUACAUCACUCAUCCUUAACAUCUUCAUAACCAACAACACAACUCCUCUUCUCUUUUUCUUGAAUAUCAGAAUAAUGGAAGCAUUCGAAGAGGCGAUAGCAGCCUCAAAAGAGCAAGCAUUGAUCCUUAAAGGGAAGCGUACAAAGCGACAACGUCCCCAAUCUCCAAUUCCUUUCUCUAUAUCCCCUCCUAUAGUUGAAGAAGAAGUAUCCAAUGUUCCUGAUUCCAAGGAAAAUGCUGUAGAAAACCUCAAAAAGGAUGGUGUGAUCACGUCUUCAUCCUCAUCAGCCUCUUGGUCCUCUAACAACAACCCAACAUUGAAGGCCGAAGAAGACGAGGAAGAUCAAGACAUAGCCAAUUGUUUGAUACUCCUUUCCCAGGGACACUCUUUUUCUCAACACAACCAACAACUCAAGAUACCUCACCAAGAAAUAAACAACAAUAACACGUAUAGGUUUAGCAGCAGGAGGUUUCUAGAGACUUCUUCAUCAAACGGUGGUGGCAAAUCAGGUUACUACGUUUAUCAGUGCAAAACGUGUGACCGGACCUUCCCUUCUUUUCAGGCUUUAGGUGGCCAUAGAGCUAGCCAUAAGAAACCUAGAGCCACCUCCUUUUACUCCAACCUUGACCUUAAGAAGAGUAUCUACGAAAACGACGCCGCUUCACUCGUUACAACCACAAAUAUUUACAAUAACAACAGGAACAAUAACAAUAGGUCGCUUGUCGCUUACGGAAAGACAGGUAACAAUAAAGUUCAUGAAUGUGGAAUAUGUGGAGCGGAGUUUACUUCAGGACAAGCUUUAGGAGGCCACAUGAGACGGCAUAGAGGCGCGGUGGUUGUCGCUGCGGCACCAACUCCCAUUGUGACGGUGGCCACGGUUGCUGCCAACACGGAGUUAUCAUUGUCUUCCAUGUCGUAUGAUCAAAUAUCCGACGGUCAAGAUCAUCUGGUACUGAUGCCAGAGACAAAGAAAGCUAAGAAGACGGUCGUGUCAUUGGACUUGGAUCUGAAUCUACCGGCACCGGAAGAUGAGAAUCGGGUCAACGGGUUGAGCUUGGCUUUGAAGCAAAAACACGAACAAGAACAAGAACAAGAACAGGAACAUCAACCGACAAAACAAAGAGAAGAACCAAUGUCCCUUGUCUUGUCUGCUCCUAGUUUUGUGGAUUGCUAUUACUGAUUUUUUUUUAAUAUACACCAUAAUCUAUAAACAUUUUUUGGCUAACUAGGAAAAUGAUAUAUAAUUUAUUCAA